GGUAACUUUAAUUGUUGGAUGAAAAGCUGCUACAUAAACCUCAACCAGAUCGCAUUGUGGAGCGAUGCAGAAGCAAUGUGCCAACAAGCAGGGGGACAUCUUCCAGUCAUCGAAAACGUAGACGAAAACGAAUAUAUUCGGCAUUACAUUUCACGAUGCAGUAUUGACAGGACAUCAUGGAUAGGGUACAGGUCAGCUGGCUAUGGUCAAGAUUGGUACUGGGUUGUUGACGAUUUGGCAGUUAAUUUUACAAUUUGGCAUUCAGGACAUCCGUAUCCUCGUGGAAGUAGCGCUUUAUGUGCAGUCGCAUCUGUUUACGGACACUGGAAGAGCGAGAAAUGUGCCUCCACGUAUUCCUCAGUCAUUUGUGAAAUACCAUCAAAAGAGACAGAUGCAAUUUUGUACAACUGGGUGACAUGGACUCCCUGCACAGUGAGUUGUGGUGGCGGUAUUCGCAGUAGGCAUCGUCAGUGCAGUCAGCCAGGCUUGUGUUCGGGAAACUUGAUUGAGAGUGACCUGUGCGGCGAUUUUCCAUGUCCUAACUCAUACACUAAGGGCCACAAUGUGAUGAUGAGCAGUACAUAUGAUGAAAAAUCUGGUGCAAUGAACGCUGUUGACGGUCACCCUUGGCCUAGAGCACGAGACAACAGUUGCAGUAUAACAAGGCGUAGUUUGGAGCCGUGGUGGAUGGUGGACCUUGGUUAUGCUUACGUUGUUGCAAAGAUAAUCAUUACAAAUAGGGCGGAUUGCUGUGGAGAGUACUUAAUCGGUGCUGUUGUCCGUGUUGGCAAUGUUUUAGAGAUACCGAAGAGGAACAGGAAAUGUGGACCGACAAUAAACCAGACGAUGGUGGCGCUUGAUUACCGUAUCGAUAUAGAAUGCCCUCCGGUGAUUGCAGGAAGAUACGUCAGCAUUCAGUUGGAGGAUUUAGAUGAAAUAAAGCUGCAAUUGUGCGAGGUCGAAGUGUUUACUACCGGGCUCCAGGUAUCACGUCUCAUUUGCCCGCUUCAUGCUGGUGCUUUUGCUGACCCCGGUUCCAAUGGAAUAGAAGUCACAUGGCCAGAACCACAACUGUAUGAUGUUACUGAAGAAAGUCUUGCUCUAAUCAAGUGUUCUUACACUUCUGGAACAAGGUUUCCAAUUGGAAAAACCGAAGUCACGUGUCAGGCUAAAGAUCCACGUUCCGAAUUAUCACACUUUUGUUCAUUUGUUGUAACAGUUACCGCAUGUGACGAUAAAUUAGAAGAGAGUUGCUACUACGCUGUAGAAGAUCUGUACGACCAGCCAAAUGCUGAGUACAGCUGCCAGGCCCUUGGUGGCGCUUUGGUUUCCAUCAAUUCUGCAGAAGAACACACAUUUGUAUUAGCUCUAGUUGAACAAAUCACAACAAACAAAGCACCCUGGAUCGGCUACACUGACCGAGAAGCUGAAGGAGUGUGGGUUUGGAGUGACGGAACGAUGGAAGACGGAUACUACGAUUGGGACACCGAUCAACCGGACAACCUAGGGAGCGAUGGUGAGGAUUGUGCAGUAAUAAAAGCAAACGGAAAAUUCAGAGAUCGACCAUGUACAACGGAGCAGCAUUCUGCUAUUUGCGAGUCACCCGCUCGUUACCCAGUGAUAUCUUGUCCAGACUUUAUUAACACAUUCGCGCGCAAGGGCGACUCUGAGACACAAGUGUCCUGGGGACUACCAACAGUGUUUGACUACAACGGAAGACUGUUCGAAGUUGAGUGUAAUCCAGAAAUAAAUUCUACAUUCAUUUUGGGUGAAACAACUGUCACGUGUGUUGCCAGGAGCUCAGAUGGUGCCUAUGUUUCUUGUAUGUUUCCAGUUACUGUCAUAGCUUGUAAGCAUCGUCUGGAAUUCAGCUGUUUUGUUAUUCUGUCGGAAAAGAAAACUUUUGCAGAAUCUCGAAAGGCUUGUUGGGAUAUUGGAACGGACCUUGCCAUUAUCAAAUCUCCAGAGGAGAAUGCAUUCGUUACGUCAGUAAUGAUUGAGGAACUUUCUGGCACCCCAUCAGCUUUUAUUGGCAUGAAUGAUAGGGAUGUAGAGGGACAGUGGAUGUGGAUUGAUGGAGACAGCGUAAAUUCCGCCACAACGUUCUGGAAAGAUGGGAAACCGGAUAACAAAGACAACCGAGACUGUGGAUUAUUGCUGAGUGAAGGGACUUGGAGCGAUAACUUCUGUACAAGAGCUCUUCCUGCAGUGUGCGAAGGAAUUGCUCGAUUCCCUAUAAUAACGUGUCCAUCCAGCGCUUCUGCUUUCGCAAGAGAGGGCACAUCGACUGCAGAAGUAUUCUGGGAUAACCCAGUUGUUAAUGAUACAAUCGGAAGAACAUUUGAUGUUGUCUGCCAACCGCAGAAGAAUUCGCAAUUCCCGUUGGGUAGUAGUAAUGUAACGUGUGUAGCAACAACUGAAGAUGGAACAACCCUAUCAUGUGGGUUUCCAGUUACUGUGACAGCAUGUAGUAAUAGACUAGAGUCAAACUGUUACGUCUUCUUGAAAGAGAAGAGAACAUACUCUGAAUCACGAGCGGUGUGUCAGGAGAUCGGAGCUGACCUUGUGGUGAUCGAGUCACUUCAUGAAAACAUUUAUAUUACUUCAAAAAUGGUUGUUGAAAUGCCGGAGGUAAGAUCAGCAUUCAUCGGAAUGGAUGACAAGGAAGUUGAGGGUGAUUGGGUCUGGAUCAAUGGAGAUCGAGUCGGCAACUUUUUCACAAAUUGGAAAAAUGGAGAACCGGACAAGCAAGACGACCACAACUGUGGGUUGCUUCAUAAUGACGGCCAAUGGAGUGACAACGUGUGCACAAAACGAUUGACAGCUAUAUGUGAAACAAGUACUAUGUAUGCUUUUAUGGAUUGUCCAAGUGACGUUGUAGUUCACAUAGAUCCUAGUGUAACGGGUGCUGCUGCAUCAUGGAAUUCACCACAAGUUACUGAUCCGUAUAAUCGCGAGUUGCAGGUUACAUGUGAACCGAGUUCUGGUUCAGAGUUCCUAGCUGGUGUGACAGUGGUCACGUGUACAGCAAUGUAUAACCAGAUUGAGCAAGCAACAUGUUCAUUUAACGUGGAAAUUGUUGUCUGCGAAACAGCUUUCGAAAGUAGUUGCUACUUCUUUCUGAGUUCUAAGAAAAACUUUCAAGAGUCACGCGACAUGUGCAGAGCAGAGAAUGCCGACUUAGUCUCUAUAGAAACGCAGGCUGAGAGAAAUCAUGUUUUGGUUCUUCAAAUUGAACUAUUACAUUUAUCUGCUUUAAUUGGUCUGAACGACAUCGAUGAAGAAAACUCUUGGAGAUGGAUUGCCGGUUCAAAAUUACAAGAUGGAUUUCAAGACUGGGCAGCAGGCGAGCCAGAUAAUGACUCUAAUGAAGACUGUGUCAUCAUGAAAACGAAUGGCCAAUGGAGAGAUAUAAGUUGUGAAGUAAAAACAAGAGCAAUAUGUGAACUAGGGAUUUCUCCAUUGCGGUUAAUAUGUCCAAAAGACAUCAACUUACAACUUAGUCCACGUGCGUCAAGAAACGAUGUCAUUGCCAGUUUACCACAGUUAAUUGAUCCACAACAACGAGAAGCAGUUACUAAAUGCACGUCCUCGCCAGAAAGUCCAUCAACAUUUGGUACCUUCAAUAUCACAUGUACUGUCGUUCUGAAAGAAAGUAUAAUAACGGCGUCGUGUUCUUACGUAAUUACAAUAGAAGCUGCUCCACCUCCGACUGUCACGUGUCCUCCAAAAGUUACUGUUUUCGCUAGGGAAGGUACAUCGUCUGCUGAUGUCUUUUGGGAAAAUCCAGUUGUAAAAGAUACUAUCGAAAGAACAUUUGAAGUAGUCUGCGAUCCUAAGAUGAAUUCACAAUUUCCAUUAGGUACUACUAAUGUCACGUGUGUAGCAACAGCUGACGAUGGAGUGACAAGCUCUUGUAGUUUUUUGGUUAUUGUGACAGCGUGUGAUAACAGGUUAAAUUCAAAUUGUUACGUCUUCAUGGAUGUCAAAAGGACUUUUUCUGAAUCAAGAACGGCAUGUCAGGAGAUCGGAUCUGACCUUGUGGUAAUUGAUUCAAUUGAGGAAAAUUAUUACAUUAGCUCGAAAAUGGCCGUUGAGUUACCUGGAGUGGGAGCAGCAUUCAUUGGAAUGAAUGACAUCAAUGUUGAGGGCGAUUGGGUGUGGGUAAACGGAGACCGUGUCGUUAACUCGUUUACGUAUUGGAAAGAUGGAGAACCAGACAACUUGAACAACCAAGACUGUGGAUUAAUAUUUAGCAAUGGCGAGUGGCGUGAUAAUAUAUGUUCAAAAAAACUUAAUUCCAUCUGCGAAGCAAGCACUAAACAUGCGUUCAUAGAUUGCCCAGCCGAAGUUGUAGUUUAUAUAGACCGACUUGUGUCGGGUGCUACUGCAACAUGGGAUACACCGGAUUUUACUGAUCCGAAUAAUCGCAAAAUGCAAGUAAUAUGUGAACCGAGUUCUGGUUCGGAGUUCUUAGCUGGUGUGACAUCUGUGACGUGUAAGGCAAUGUAUGAGCAAUCAGAGCAAGCCAGAUGCUCGUUCAGUGUGAACGUUAUUAUCUGCGACACAACUUUUGAGACGAGUUGCUAUGUGUUUAUAAGCUCUAAGCAAAUCUUCGAGGAUUCACGUAAUAUGUGCAUUAAAGAGAAUGCCAAGUUAGUCUCCAUAGAAACGCAGGCAGAGAGAGACUACCUUCUUGACCUUCAGAAUGAGCUAUUUCGUACAUCUGUAUUAAUCGGUCUAAACGACAUCGACGAGGAAACCACUUGGAGGUGGAUAGAUGGUUCGCUAUUACAAGAUGGAUUUAAAGACUGGGCAUCAGGCGAACCAAAUAAUUUAGAUCCUGGUGAAGACUGCGUCAUCAUGAAAACAAGUGGUCAGUGGAGAGAUGUAAGGUGUGACGCAAAGACGAGAGCAAUAUGUGAAAUGGAGAUUUACCCAUUGCGGUUGUUGUGUCCAAAUGACACCAUUUCCCCAAUAAGCCCAAGUGCAUCUGAAGGGAUUGUCAAUUACAGUGUUCCAAAACUGAUUGAUCCUGAUCAGCGUCAAGUACAUAUAACGUGUAACUUUCCGUCAGGAUCGGUGUUUAAACUUGGCACAACUGAAGUCACGUGUAUAGGAACACCAUACCAAAGUAUACUUACUGCAACCUGUUCGUUCUUUGUAACAGUAGAAGUUGCUGACCCUCCUACAAUGACGUGUCCUUUAAGAGCCGCAGCUUUCGCCAGAGAAGGGACAUCGUCUGCAGAAGUUUCUUGGGAAAGCCCAGAAAUAAAUGAUGUUAUUAGUAGAACAUUCGAUAUCGUUUGCAAUCAUGAGGUGUAUUCACAAUUCCCAUUGGGUGAGAGCGAUGUUUUGUGCGUAGCAACAGCAGAAGACGGAGUGUCGGCGUCUUGCAGUUUUCCAGUCACAGUGACAGCAUGUGAAAAUAGAUUAGACUCGAACUGUUACGUUUUCAUGAAAGUGGAGAGGGGAUUUCUUGAAUCAAGAGCAGCAUGUCAAGAGAUCGGAGCAGAUCUUGUGGUGAUCGAAUCUCUCAAAGAAAACUCGUACAUCACGACUAGAAUAGCCAUCGAGUUUCCGGAAAUUCCUUUGGUAUACAUCGGGAUGGAUGACAUAGAAUCUGAGGGAAAUUGGUUUUGGGUCAACGGAAAUCCUGUCGGCGACGAAUAUGAAAACUGGAAAGAUGGACAACCAGACAACGUAAAUAAUCAAGAUUGUGGGUUGAUCCAUGAUGACGGCCAAUGGAGUGACAACUGGUGCCACCGAGAAUUGUCGUCUAUCUGUGAGAAAAGUACUACAUACGCUUUUAUGGAAUGUUUAGGCGACGUUGUAGUUCAUAUAGAUCAAUGGGUGACCGGUGCUAUUGCAUCAUGGGACACACCGAAUGUUACUGAUCCAAAUAAUCGCGAAAUGCAAGUAAUUUGUUACCCAAGUUCUGGCUCCGAGUUCCUAAUUGGUUCGACGAAGGUAACGUGUAGAGCAUUGUACGAUGAAUCAGAGCAAGCUACAUGUUCGUUCGAUGUGAACGUCGUUGUUUGUGACACAGCGUUUAAAAGUAGUUGCUACAAGUUUAUCACAUCUAAGCAAAGUUUCGAAGACUCACGUGAUCUGUGUGUGGCACAGAAUGCCGACUUAGUCUCUAUAGAAACGCAGGCAGAAAGAGAUUACCUUCUUGUCCUACAGAAUGAGCUAUUUCGUACAUCUGCUUUAAUUGGUCUGAACGACAGAGAUGUAGAGAAUUCGUGGAAGUGGACUGAUGGUUCAACAUUACAACCAGAUGACUUCCAAGAUUGGGCAUCUGGUGAACCAAACAACUUAGACCCCGGUGAAGACUGCGUCAUCAUGAAAACCAGUGGACAAUGGAGAGAUGUAAGAUGCGAUGCAAUCACCAGAGUAAUAUGUGAGCUAGAAAUGUCCAAUUUGCAAUUAUUAUGUCCGGCUGAUAUCACGGUAAAAGUCAGCGAAAUGGCAUCUGGUAAGAUCGUGCAUUACGGUGCUCCACAAUUAAUAGAUGUCAAACAGCGGGAGGCGACAAUAGCAUGUAGUCCCUCAUCAGGAACUGCCUUUGAAAGUGGUGUCACAAAUGUUACAUGCAGAGCUGUCCCAGAUCAAAGUAAACUAACGGCGCAUUGCUCUUUCUCAGUGACGUUAGAGGUGGACAUUCCUGUAUUCAGGUGUCCUACAAGAGCCACUGCUUUCGCCAUGGAAGGAACCACGUCUGCUGAGAUGGUCUGGGACAGCCCUGUAGUAGAUGAUUUCAUUGGAAGAACAUUUGAUAUCGUCUGUGAUCGUGAAAUCCAUUCACAAUUCCCAUUGGGUAUUACCAAUGUCACGUGUGUGGCAACAGCUGAAGAUGGUGUUGCUCUUUCAUGUAUUUUUCCAGCUAUAGUAACAGCUUGUGAUAAUAGACUGCAGUCUAACUGUUACGUCUUUAUAAACGUGCAAAGAAAUUUUCCUGAAUCAAGAGCAGCAUGUCAGGAGAUCGGGGCUGACCUUUUAAUGAUCGACUCACUCCAAGAAAACUCGUUUAUCACGGCUAGAAUCGCUGAAGAAUUUCCAGACACAACAUUAAUAUUUUUGGGGAUAGCUGACGCUAAAGUUGAAGGGGAUUGGGUGUGGGUCAAUGGCGACCGUGUCGGAAACAGUUUUACAAAUUGGAAGGAUGGAGAACCAGCAAACUCAAAUGAUCAAAACUGCGGGGUAAUUACUGUCGAUGGUCAAUGGGGAGAUACUUACUGCAGUAGAAAACUUGUGUCGAUCUGUGAAUCAAAUACUACAUACGCCUCCAUGGAAUGUCCAGGUGACGUUGUAGUUCAUGUAGGUCAAUGGGUAACCGGUGCUGCUGCAUCAUGGGAAACACCGAAUGUUACUGAUCCGAAUGAUCGCGAAAUGCAAGUGAUUUGCGAACCAAGUGCUGGCUCGGAACUCCUAAUUGGUUUGACAACGGUCACGUGCAGAGCAAUCUACGACAUAUCAGAGCAAGCUACAUGUUCGUUCGAUGUGAACGUCGUCGUUUGCGACACAGCGUUUAAAACAAGUUGCUACAAGUUCAUUACAUCUAAGCAAGUUUUCAAAGACUCUCGUGAUAUGUGUGUGGCACAAAAUGCAGAAUUGGUCUCUAUAGAAACGCAGGCAGAAAGAGAUUACCUCCUGGCCCUACAAAAUGAUCUAUUUCGUACAUCUGCUUUAAUUGGUCUGAAUGACAUCGAUGUGGAGAACUCGUGGAAGUGGACUGAUGGUGCGACAUUACAACGAGAUGACUUCCAAGAUUGGGCAUCUGGUGAACCAAACAACUUAGACCCCGGUGAAGACUGUGUCAUCAUGAAAACCAGUGGACAAUGGAGAGAUGUAAGAUGUGAUGCAAUCACCAGAGCAAUAUGUGAGCUAGAGAUUCCCAAAUUGCGAUUGUCUUGUCCAGAUGACAUAAUUUUGCCGAUCAGCCAGAGUGCAUCAGGAGGUAUUGCCACCUACGAGGCCCCACAACUUAUUGAUCCCGAUAAUCAGAGACAGGCGACAAUAACAUGUAGCAGACAGUCAGGGACAGUAUUUCCACUUGGUACCACAGUUGUCAUGUGUAGCGGUGUCCCCGAACAAAGUAUACUAACAGCUUCUUGUUCCUUUUCUAUCACGUUAGAAGUUGCGCCAAUGCCUACAGUGACGUGUCCAUUAAGAGCCACUGCCUUUGCCAGGGAAGGCACCUCGACUGCAAACGUCGUUUGGGAAAGUCCGGUGGUAGAUGAUGUCAUUGGGAGAGCAUUUGAUGUUAUCUGCGAACCUAAGUCGGAUUCUAAAUUCCAGUUGGGUGACAGCAAUGUCACAUGUGUAGCAAGAGCUGGAGAUGGACUUGCUGUGUCUUGUAAUUUUUUAGUUACAGUGACAGCUUGCAAUAAUAGACUAGGUACAAACUGUUAUGUCUUCAUGAACGUGCAAAGGAAAUUUCUUAAAUCAAGAGACGCGUGUCAGGAGAUCGGAGCUGAUCUUCUUGUAAUCGAGUCACUUGAGGAAAACGUUUAUAUUACUUCAAAAAUGGCUGAGAUUCCAGAAGUAGGUCCAGCAUUUAUUGGAAUGGAUGACAUUGAAAUUGAAGGAGAAUGGGUCUGGGUCAACGGAGAUCGUGUUGGUGACUAUUUUACAAAUUGGAAAUCUGGAGAACCUGACAACAAAAACAACCAAGAUUGUGGAUUGAUUCUUAGUGAUGGCACAUGGAGUGACAACUAUUGUUCAAGAGAAUUGACAUCCAUUUGUGAAACAAGUACUACGUACGCGUUCAUGGAAUGUCCAAGUGAUAUUAUAGAGUAUACAAACCCUAAGGUAAACGGUGCAACUGCCUCGUGGGACAAACCAGAAGUAAUUGAUCCGAAUAACCGCGACAUGCAAGUGAUCUGUGAACCGAGUGCAGGUUCAGAGUUCCUAGCAGGUGUGACGUCUGUUAGGUGUAGAGCAAUGUAUAACCACUCCGAGCAAGCUGCAUGUUUAUUCAACGUAAAUAUUAUUGAUUGCGAAACCGCUUUCGAAAAGAGUUGUUACUUCCUCAUCAAUUCUAAACAAAAGUUUGAAGCGUCACGUGACCUCUGUUUGACGAAGAAUGCUGACCUGGUAUCUAUAGAAACACAAGCUGAGAGAGACCACAUCCUUGAUCUCCAGAUUGAAAUGCUAGGUACUUAUGUUUUAAUCGGUUUGAACGACAUCGAUGUGGAGAACUCGUGGAGAUGGAUUGAUGGUUCGCUCUUACAAAAUGAAUUUCAAGAUUGGGCAUCAGGUGAACCUAACAACUUAGAUCCUGGUGAAGACUGCGUUGCCAUGAAAACAACUGGUCAAUGGAGAGAUAUCAGCUGCGAUGCCAGGACCAAAGCUAUAUGUGAACUGGAGUUAUACCCUUUGUGGUUAACCUGUCCAAGUGACAUCGACUUGCACAUCAAACAAGGUACCUCAGGAAAGAGUAUUACUUACAGUGCACCAAUACUUAAUGAUCCUAAUCAUCGACAGGCAACAGUUGCUUGCAGUUCUCCGUCAGGAACAGUUUUCCCACUUGGUACCACUGUUGUCACCUGCAACGCAAUACUGAAACAAAGUAUACUAACGGCGUCUUGCUCCUUUCAAGUAAAGCUAAAAGUAUGUGAGGUUGGAUUCCUCGACAGUUGUUACAUAUACAUCCCAAAAAAGAGGACGUUUAACGUUCAUGUUUCCAUUUGUCAAGAGACUGGAGGGUCCUUGAUUGACAUCCGUAGUCAGGAAGAGAAUGAUUUUUUGUCAGCUAACUUUCAGAGUCUCAUGGGGAAAAACAAAGUGUAUGCUGGUCUACACUAUGGGUCAGACAGUGGCUGGAAAUGGGAAAAUGGACAAGGGAUGGAAGACUUCCAAAAUUGGGAUAGCUCACAACCAAGGAAAUACACCAAAGGCGAAUCUUGUCUUUCACUAAAACCCAAUGGAAAAUGGGUUGACCAGUACUGCACCACAAAGCUGCCGACUAUCUGUGAAAUAGAUAUUGGCGGUUAAAGUUCAAGUAGUUGCAUUCGUCACUUCACAAAUGUAUUAUUUAUUUAUAUUAACGAUGUACAGUAUCAUUUUAAAAACAAUGAUUGGAUGUCCUUUCUGUUAAUCAGGCACUUGUGUUUGUCUGUUUAUUAUCUAUAUUGUGCCGUUCAAGUCAUAAGUCGUCAAAACCUUAAUGCGUCGUCAUCAGAGUUUCGUAGGACGUAAAUUUAGGCCCCAUACGUUUUAUUUACUGACAAACAAUACGCACAGUUGCUGGUGGUGUAAUUAGCUCAACAGAAGAAAUACUAACAAAAUGUUAAGUAUUCAAUGACGUUUAUUAUAUUAUAUAUAAUCGACGUUACGCACUAAUAGAAAAAUAGAUUACCAAGUCCAACCUGAUGGUUCCAGCAAUGAAAUCAAUAAAGAAUUCCCUGGGAUAUAAACAUGAGCAUUUACAUGUUACUGGAUUGAUUACAAAUGGUAAUGAAGUUGAAUAUUGAAAUAAAGUUAAUUAUAUUAAUGAUUGUUUGUAAACAAUUGUUAAUAAUAAACAUUUUAUUUUAUUUUUUGUUCAUUAGGGAGGCUUUGCAACCUUACGAAAACCAUAACGAAAAUGGCUACGUCGUAUAGGCUAUACGUCACAUUUUCGUUCUCGUUAUCGCAGAUUAUAAAAAUCCCGUUUCACACACACUGAACAAAUACGAAUGAUAUUAUAUCUCGAAAGUAAAUGCCAAUAAAUAUAUUUAUUAAGUCGUCGGAAGUUAUUACUUUGCAUUUAAGUGUGUUAUAUGCCUAGUGUGAAUAUAUUAUAUAAUUCUUUUGUGUAUGCAGUCGUUUACGGUUAGUUAUAUACUGCAUACAACACAGAAAUAGUUAGGUUAGCGACGCUUGAUGUGGCUAGUCUCUAGGCCUAGGCCCUACUGCUACUAGUAGGCCUAUAGGGCUGUCUAGCCUAGAUUGAUAGCCAUAGGCAUACUAAUAAUACGAUAGCACGUACACUUUGUUUUUGAAAUUGACAAUCGACACCAAAACAUUUCCUAUUUCCUUUAUUAUAUUUUAUGUACAGUACAGUAACUUGAAUUGGCUUUGCCUAUCUAUCUCGUCCGUACCAAGCCGAAUAAUAUGUAGCACCAUUUUAAAUGAUAAAAUUCAAUUGAAGCAACGAGCCAAUUGCCUUGAAAAUUAUAACAAUUUAUGUAACAAAGUUGCUAGACGCUCUCACGAAUGUUGUGAGUCAUGUUGAACUUUUUUGUCAACAGCAUACAGUAGGCUACAAUUUCUCAUAUUUUAAUGUAAAUACAGUUAAUAAUGCAUUCAAUUCAAUUCAGCUUUUAUUCAUCAGUAACCCUAUUCAUGGGCUUUUCUCGGUUUGAAAUCGAACCGUAAGUUGGUAAAUAUUUUCAAAAUAUUUGUUUUUUACUUCCGAGUUUUGUAGCUGAUCGUCGUGAAAAACCCCUGAAAACUCAAUGCUCUGCGACAAAAAUAAUUGGGGAUAAGCUUAGAAGUUAGAAGUUAAAAAAAAAUGUUGACGUAGUCGUUUUCGUUAUCGUUUUCGUAAGGUUGCGAAACCUCCCUAUUAUGCCGGGAAAGCAAAUUUCAUGAAUUUUUAUUCAUUAAGGUACUGUAUAUGACCAAUCAAAUAAACUUGAACUUGAACUAAAAUAAUAGAGACGCUUCAAACAAUUAUUAUUAAAAAAAAUAUUAGAAUUUUACUGAAUAGCUUGGUCAAUUAUUAUAUAUCACCGUAUGGAGAAGGAUGUUUAAAAUGGAUUUUAUGGCUAAGCUAAUACCACCACAAAAUCAACAUCACGUAGUAUACGAAUGUAAUAUUGAACGUCAAGAUAGUGUAUAUCAUUAUGCUGUUACGGUGAAUAUCAAGGGUGUUAAUGAUUACUAACAUGCUGGUAAUAAUUACCAUUAGGCUACAAGUGAAUACAAGUAGAAAUUAAGUACGAAACUGAAAGAAUAAA